CUUUUGAUACAUUUCCGUGUUUUUAUCUGUCUGCUAUGAUCACAAAUAACUCGUAAUUGAAAUGAAGAAGCCUACACUUUCGUAUUUGGGAACAUCUUGACCAACCUUGAACAAUGGGCACGGAGUUGCCAAAAACCCAUGAUUCAAGUGGUACAGAUUCAAACAGUGACUCUGAGAAUAGCAGCACAAGUGAUUCAUCUGGGAGCAAUUGGGAGUGCUCAAGCAACAAGCAGAGUUCAGUGCGUAAAUCACAUUUCUCAGUCACCUCUUGUGACACUGGUUUAAAACUCAAAAUAGCUGCUAUUCCAAGAAAAGUCACUCCUAAGAAAGCAGGUAUAAAGCCAACAGGUAAAAAGAAACCUGCAGAAGCUACGACAAAAGCCGUAAAGUCAAAAGAGUUAUCCACAUCAAAAAAGAAAGGCAAAACUCAGUUGUCUGAUACUACUUCCAGCUCUGAAUCCUGUAAGUGUUCAUCGGACUCAUCAAGCGAGGAUGACUUACCUUUGAAGGCUGUAUCGAAGACUCUACCGCCUAAAUCUUCACCACUGAAGCCUUCAGUGAAAAAUACAAAAAGUAACAAAAGUGAAAGUGAUGAUGAUAAGCGAAGUGAUAAAGACAAUGUAUCAAAGACAAAUAAAGACAAACAAUGUGCUAAGACUAGUAAUGUGAAAAAGACUAAAAGUGAUGAUAAUACUCCAGUGAAAAAGGGACGCGGGCGUCCACGAACUAAGUUUGCGUCCCCUGCAGCUGAGAGCGUAGCUUGUGGGAGUAGUACGUCUUCAUCGACAUCUUCGUCGUCAUCGUCGUCAUCAUCGUCAUCGUCAUCGUCGUCCGACUCUGACACUGCGGACGCUGCCGGUGCUUCUACUCACGCCUCUGCUGACGAUUCCAGUGCUGCACUCGCCGCUGUUUGCCAAUUACAGGUCAUCGACGAUGCGGACCUUGCAGAAUUAUUUCCAGAACAAACACCUAGCGCGUCUGCACAACAGUCCAAUUUCAAUAAUUUCUCCGUGCACAAUGCAUCGCCUGAAAAUGAUGAUAAGUCUAUUGCUGAUAAUGGAGAUGGGUCGAGUAGUGAAAUGGAACUCACGCCCCAAUUAGUGACAGCUGCAAUUCAGAGAGCUACAGCAGAUUCAUCGGGUUCAGAAAAUGAGUGUUCUAACUCGGAAGUUGGCCAUCAGAGUACUACGCAUUAUGCGUCUAGUCUAUUGCAACAAUUUGAAGCACAAACGCAACUACUGAGUAGUACAACACCUUUAGCAAAUAUCAACACCACAGCGUCGACGAUGAACUGCGGACUACAUUCAGAUAUAGAAGGUGUUGCAACAAUCAAUGAUUGUGUACUUGGACAAAUAAACAAUUUACCUGAAAUUGCACCAAUCGCACCAAAUUUUUUAGCUGCCGGUCAACAUCUAAGUCCACAACAAACGGAAGAACUUACUCAAAUAAAUAAAGAUCUUGAAGAAAUUACAUCGGUUACAGAGGGAAUAUCAAUACCAAAUCCUAGUUUAGAAGAUUGUGUCGACAACAACGAUUUUAUGAAUUUGGAAAUGGCCCAAGGUGGCUCUGAUUUGGGAAAUGCAAAUGAUAUACUGAAAAGUUCUCCAUUAACUGUAAGCAGCACUGAUAUGAACAGUCAAAUUGAUGGACAAAAAUUUGAUACUAUUAGUACCAAUUCCGUUGAAUCUCAAGAAGAUGUUAAAAACGUAAUAGUGGAUUCCAGAAGAAAAAGAGGAAGGCCGCGUAAAGUAAAAAAGGACGAAGAGCAUUUUCGUAACAAAAAAAUGGAAUCUCAGAGAGAAGACAAAUCUGUUGUAAAUGUAAUAAAUUUUCAUAAUAAUAAUGAACCACCUAAUGUAUCACCAGAUUCAGGUAUUUUAUCAAAUCAUAAUUCACCUACACAAUCACCAUUACGGCGGCAUGAUGACGAAGAAAGUCACAAUAAUAGAAUAGUUAGAAAAUCUAUUCAAAAAGAAAACAACACAAGAGAAAGGAGAGCUGUUAGAUCAAAAUCUAAAAGCAAAAGUAGAAUUCAAAAUAGAUCUGAUUCUAGUGAUUGUGAUUAUCAAAAAAAGAGGAUAGAAAAUGAGGUAAAACAUAUAAAAACGGAAGCUCCUUCACCUGUUCCAUUGAAACAAGAACAAAACAGAUUUGAAAAAUCAAAGAAAAAUGAUCAAAAAUUGGAUAUAGCUGCUUUAGAUAGAAUGUUAUAUGCAACUGAUAGAGUUUUGUAUCCACCUCGAAAAAAAGUUGGUCGCAAACCACAAACUAAAACGAAAGCAGCUUCUAAAGCAACACAAAAAACUCUAAAAGAUAAAAAUCAAUAUGACUCUGGGGAUAGUGAUGAAGAGUCGAUGCCCUCUAAUAGGUCUGUUUUAUCAGGAGUCUAUGCUAAAAGAAAGGAACUAAAUAGUAAAUUAGCAAAUUUGCCCAAGAAGAAUACAAAAACUUUCACCAAUACAUGGAGAGAAAAUCAGAGUGAAAAUGAGGCUGCUGCAGAUGAUCCACUUGAUCCAACAUGGAAACAGAUUGAUCUUAAUCCUAAAUACAAAGAUAUAUUAUCUGGUUAUAAAAGUGAUCACGAAUUUAAACCUUACAAAAGUUGCAGCCGAUUAAUCGAAUCAGGGUAUAAAAGUGAUUAUGGGUGCAGGUCUGGAUAUAAAAGUGAUUAUUAUCGUUCUGGUUACAAAAGUGAUCACAAAUCUGGUUACAAAAGCGAUAAAUCUGGAUAUAAAACUGAUUAUAGUGUACGAAGUAUGCGACGACGCAUGCGAAAACUAAAGAAAACUAGAUCUGUACGAGAUAGAUCAUAUUAUAAAAACCAAAAACAUUUCGUAUCUGAACAGGAAAUUUUACUGAUAACAAAUAAAACAUUUAGCAGUUUAACUUUGGGACAUAGUUCGAGUGAUUCGGAGUGUGAAAGUUAUUUGCGAAAACCCAGUGCUAGCCCGAAAUAUAUAAGUGUUUGCACAAAAUAUCCAUUACCAUCAAAAUAUGAUUUUGGGUUUACAAAAACAAACAAAAAGCAGUUGUUGAGAUUAAAUUCAUCAGAUCCAUUUGCACCAGGUCCUGUAUUCAGUGGGCUACAGCGACCGGUAACGACUUAUAACAUUUUUAAAGUUAGUCAUAAUAAUAAUAAUACAUUACUUAAAUCUCCUACAAAAGCUAGUUAUAUUGGAAGUCCGUUGCCAGCCUUGAAGCCUGUAUUCACUCAUAAAUUUGGUUCAUCGCCCAUUUGUACUGUUGCUAAACUAUCAGGAUCAAAAAGAGAUAACGAUCCUCAUUCUAGACACUUUGCAAGAAAUUUCACUCCAAAAAAUCGCAAACAGUCGAAGCAUGGAAGUACUUUAUUUUCGAGUACCACUAAGAAGGAAAAUGUUCCAAAACCACUUCCAAAUAUUUUUGAAAAAGCAAAAAAUUGCUAUAUCCCUCACAAGUCAUUAUCAAGAAAUGUUUUCUUAAAUUUUAAGAAACCUAAUAUAAGACCGUCCUUUCAUAUCAAGAGACAUAGAAGGACAGUGGUGCUGGCACCACCAAAAAUUAAUUUAAAGCCUAUUGAGAGGCCAUCCCGUUUUACAGUGAAGACAGAAAAUAGACAUCAUAGACACAGAAGCAAAAAACGACAUCGUUCAAGAUCUGUAUCGAAAUGUCGCGAGUCAUAUACGAAAGUAGUUGAUUUAGUAGACCAGAAAUUCUCCCAAGAUAUGGAGAGUUUAGUAUCAAAUUUCAUCAAAAUAUGUCAGAUUGCUCCAAAAAUUAUUACCAACGUGGCGCAAAAUCAAAUAAAAAAUUUAGAAAAACCAACCGAUUCACCGUCUACUAAAGUAGUGAAAAGGGGAUCUAAAAAACGGAAAACUUCAGAUAAUCAAGAAAUUGCCACCCCUACUUCAAAACGGAGGCAUAAAAAACAAUUGACAGAAUCACAAAGUAAGGGAGGUAAGGAUACAAAUGAGCAUAAACUACCCCUUAAAAAGAGACACUAUCAUAUUAAUUCUUCUACAAGUAAUAGUUUGAGUCUUAGUUUAGUUACGGCUGAAUUUGAUGAGAAUACUAAGUAUGAAAAUAGUCCUGAAAAUUUUUUAUGUACUGAAACAGACUGUAUGGGAGAAAUUACUAAUAAUUUAUCAGAUGAGUCUCCCAAAUUGAAAAGUUUACAUGAGAAAGGUAAAAAAGUUAAUGAACAUUCAAAAAGUAAUAUCCAGGUAAAUAAUGUCUCUGAAACAAAAAAUAAUGACACAAAUAAAAUUGUAAAACCGACAGUAGCUACAAUGACGGAACCAACAAAGAUUGCCGCUGAAAGUAUUAACAACAGCGCUACUAAACACCAGUCUCCUAAUCGACAUAAUACAACUGAUGAUGAAUCAUCAAAUAAAAAGCGGACAACAGAACAAUCUGAAUUAUCAAAAAAAAUAUUGGAAACCUCUGAAAAACUAAAAGCUGUCGACAAAAUGGUACAAGAUUUGGAGAAAUCAUUGCCAAAAACAAAAGAAUUUGAUGUUAAGAUAGAAACAUCAAAACAAGAUGCUCAUAAAGUGUCAUCACCAAGAUCCGAAACAAAAUCGUCGCCUAUGAGAAAUUCUGCUCCAAUUGUUACUCCUAAGAAAAGACAUAGGCUAGAAGCAGAUAAAGUUAUGUCACACUCAAGCUUAGAUCAAGUGGUACAAUCCUUAUCCAAAAAAUUAUCAGAAGAAAAACCCAGUAAUGUAAUUAACAAAGAUAGCAACAUGAAUAACAGCCUUAAAGGAGAUAUUAAAGAAGCUGAAACUGCUGAUUCAAUCUCACCCAGUAACUAUUUGCCAUUAAAUAAUACAGCUACAGCCGAUCCCUUGAAGAGUAUGUCUGCACGGUCUUUAUAUAAAAGUUCUAUUCCACCAGCACAAAAAUCUGAAAUAAUGACCCGAAAGAAAAAUAGACUCGAGGGACUUACUAGUAAUUUAGUUUCUAAAAUUAAUCCAAGCGCGGCUACUAAAGUUUUGGAUACUUUACUAAAUAACAACAUACGCAAAUCCAUAGAAUCCCGUAUACUGGAAAAGGAAAAGUCAAAUACAGAUACAAGUAGUAAAAUAUCUGAGGAUAAAAGUAGAAACAAAGACACUGCUCAGGUUAACACUAGAGCUACAGUUAUCAAAUCUCCUGUUUCUAAAGGAAAAGUCCUUGAAACUAAAAAGUCUAAAGCCUCCGAACUUCAACCUGUAUUAGAACAAACUGUAGUAGUUAAUAUUGAUAAACCAACCGGUAUAUUUGAACCAUCUAUUGAUUUAGAGGAUCAAAUCCCAAAAUCAUCUAUUUGUGUAAACAAUAUUUUAUCUGAUGUGAAUAAAAUUAAGACGAAGUCAAAAUCGACCGAUAAUAAGUCUACUAAUUCAUUAUUAACGCCAAUUGAUACGGAAGGUGAUAUUCCAUUAGCAUUAAUAUCUGAAACACCUGAUCCCAUUCUAAGGCCUAAAAGAGGCGAAUCAAUUGCUUCGGUUUUGUCAGAUAAAAUACAAGAAACAUCCGGUGGUCAUAAUUUAAGACAACCUAAAAGAAAUUUAAGUAAUGAAAAUGAUGAUGGCGCCGAUAACAAGAAGAAAAAGAAAGUAAACAAUAUUAUAAGAGAAAGUAAAUUAGUCCUUCCGACAAAAAUGUUGAUUCCUAAAAUACAGGCAGAAAGACUAUCAAUUGUAGACGCAAACAAAAAAGUGUUUAAAGCUGAAACUAAUGUACUUAUGAAGAAACCAGAUAUAAAUGAGAACGUCAACGAUAGCAAAACUAUUGAUCCGUUAAAGAAAAAGACUAGACGCCGAAAGGCUAUCAAUAGAACAGGCUUCCCGAGCAUUAAGAAGAAAAAGAAAAAAGUCGAACAAACUGGUACUUCUGAUAGUCAUUUCACAUCUGAAGACACAGAUAACAACUCAGCUUUUGAAAGAGUGCCAAAAGACGGUGAAGCUAUGAGUAGUUUCUUACAACGGACUACAAAUAAAAAACCCGAACUUAAAGUUGUAUUAAAUAAAGAGGAAUGUCCGAAGCAAGGUCGAUUGACAGUUGUGGCUCUUGAGAAAUUACAGGGUAAAGAAAUUGUAAGAGAUAAUAAUAAUAAAGUUACUAAUAAGUCUGAAAAUGUUGUCACUGGAAAAAAAAAUAAUAAUUCGUCUAUUUUGAGAGCACCAGCAUUGCAGCUAAAGAGUAAGAUGGAAAAAGAACUUAAAAACCAUAUAAAUAAAUGGGAAGUUCUCAGUGAAACAGAUAGUAUUCCAUCUCUGGCCAGCUCUAUUAGUAAUGACCCAGAAGAUAGUAUUCCUUUGAGUUUAUUAAAUUUGAAGUCCGAUAGACCGGGAAACCGUUUGGACAAUCUUGAAAGACUGAAGCGUAAAACUAGGGCAAUGUCUCCGUCACAAGAAAUUGAAGAAAUAUUUUCAAAGAGGAAACUCGUUGAACGUAGCAAUAAAGUUGUUCUAAGGCCCAAGUCCAGUUUAGCAAUUUUAUGUCCAAGUGAAAGAAGAUUAACUAGAAGUUCGGAUACCACUACAGAAGAAAUAAAAGUGAAAUCUAAGAAAACGGAAAAUAAGAAGUUGAAUAUAGAGCCCCUAGGUGAAAAGUGUAUAAAACCUGACAGUAUAGCCACAAGAAGAAAGUCUCGAUCUUGUCAAGCCAAUAAGAAAGUGCGUGAAGUACAUUCUAGCUCGCGCGAUAGUUCUUUGGACACAGUCGUAAGUCGUAAAAUGAUUUCUAAAUCACGCGAACCUUCAGUGGACACUCUUCGUGAUCAUGACGAAAAUGAUCCGCUGCCACUAAACGAGAAAGAGAUAGAUUUUGAAAAGAGUAUAGAUGUACUAUCAAAGAGCAUAAUUUGUAAGAAACGAGUCGCUUCCUCUCGUGAUGAUAGUCCAGCUAGCAGCGUGGAUAACAGAGAUAAACCUGUAGUGUCUAAAAGAAAUCCACGACUCAGGAAAAAGUUUUUGGUCGCAGGUUUAUUCUCUGAAUACUACAAGGAAGACCCAAAACCAGAUGGAAAGGGAAAGAAUUUGGUGACGCAAACGGAGUUUCCGCCUGGAUUACUAGCACCGCCGCCUUACUGUGAACGUUGGGUCCGACGCAGACUGAUACACUUCGCACUCCCUUAUGAUAUAUGGUGGCAGCAACAUUAUAAUCAACCCGUACCAUCUUGGAAUUAUAAGAAGAUUCGUACGAAUGUAUAUUACGAUGUAAAGCCUUCUACAGAGGAGUGCGAGAGUGUCGCAUGCAACUGUACUCCGUCGUCCGGUUGUAAUGAAGACUGCAUCAAUAGAUUAGUGUACUCUGAAUGUUCACCACAGCUGUGUCCAUGCGGUGAUAGGUGCAAGAACCAACGAAUACAGAGGCAUGAGUGGGCUUCAGGGUUGGAGAAAUUCAUGACUGAAAACAAAGGCUGGGGGGUACGGACGAAGCAUAAGAUCACAUCCGGUGACUUCAUAUUGGAGUAUGUGGGUGAAGUUGUUUCUGAUAAGGAAUUCAAGGAGCGCAUGGCGACACGUUAUGCGCGAGACACUCACCACUACUGCCUGCACCUCGACGGUGGGCUCGUCAUCGACGGACACCGUGUCGGUGGUGACGGACGCUUCGUGAACCACUCCUGCAGGCCGAACUGCGAAAUGCAGAAGUGGACCUCCAACGGUACGUUUCGGAUGGCAUUAUUCGCUCUUCGCGAUAUUGACCCUGGCGAGGAAUUGACAUAUGACUACAACUUCUCUUUGUUCAAUCCAGCUGUUGGUCAGCCAUGUAAAUGUGACUCCGAGGAUUGUCGCGGUGUCAUUGGUGGGAAGUCACAAAGAAUAACGAAGCAACCUGUGAAGACGCAGUCGCGCACGCCGUCGAAUACAUCUACACAGUCGCACAGUUCCGGCGGGAACCCACCGCGCGUUGGCCGACCACGGAAGGCGGUCAAGUGUAAUAAAAAGUCAGAUCAACAAACAGUCACUGCGUGCGACAUUAAGAAUAUGACCAUACUCAAGUACCAGCAGCACUUAAACAAGUUGUGGCAGGAGCCGCAAAUGAAACCUCUCACACAAAAAGAGAGGACUUUGGUGAAAGAACGACACUGCUUCUUGUUCAGGAAUUUGGAGAAUGUGCGCCGUAUACGAGACCGGUUAUCGAUCGCGAUGCCUCCGUCCCCGCCGACGGCGUCCCCGGCGGCGGCGGCGGCCCCGGCGGCGGCGGCGUCGGGUGCGGGCGGUGGCGGCGCGGGCGGCGCAGGCGCGGUGAUCGUGAACCCGCUGCGGGUGUCGGGCAGCAGCGAGCCGGCGGCGCUGGUGGCGCGGCUGCAGGCGGCGCGCGCGGCCCGCGCCCGCGCCGCCGCGGCCGCCCCGCCCGGCGCGGAGCUGCUCGCGCUGCCGCCGCCCGCCCGCAGGCGCGCCAUGCUGCACGCGCUCUACGACGCACUCCGAGCGGCCAAAGACGACAAAGAUAAACCCGUAUGCACAUCUCUCAUGAAGCCAAAGGCUGAUCGCAACAAGGCACAGGAGAGUGCAACAGCUCUGGACCUUCAGAGCAUUGAGAACAAUAUCUCGGGUGGAGUGUACGAGUCACUGGCACAGUUCGACGCCGACAUGAUCGCGGCUCUCACGACAUCCGCCUCUUCACCUUCCGCCGCUACUCAGCUCAAAAAGGUGUAUAAUUCGAUUAAGUCGGAUCAUGCAGAUCGAUUGACAAAAGUACUUGGGCCCGAUGAGCCUUUGCCACCUGGGUUUCUGCAGAAAAUAAAGACUGAAGAGGUGAUACUCUGCAUCUGCGGCCUCCAUGUGGAAGAAGGACUAAUGGUACAAUGCGGCGGCGGCUGCGGCGUGUGGCAACACGCGCGCUGCAUGCGGCUCGCUGACACGUCCGCGCCGCACUACUGCCACCACUGCGCGCCGCAGGCCAGCCCGCCCGACAGGGAGAUACCCCUCGACGACUACACCGACGACGGACAUAGGUUCUAUCUAUCACUCAUGCGCGGCGACCUGCAGGUUCGGCAAGGUGACACCGUCUAUGUGUUAAGGGACAUACCUAUCGAUGAAAAGCGACCGGAUGUUAGUGACAAAAUUGGAGAGAAAACAGAGUCGCCGAAAACAAAACGUCAGGAUCGGAAGAAAGUGAAGAAUAUUGCUAAGGCUAAAGAUAAAGCCAUCGAUUCUGCACAGAAUAAGGAGGGCGAGGUCCGAAAGCAUACGUAUCAAACAAUCGGCGAGAUAUCAGUGUCCGAACUAGACAUCUUCCGCGUGGAACGGCUGUGGAAGCACAAGGACACUCAAGAGAGAUUUGUCUAUGGACAUCAUUAUCUGCGACCGCACGAGACUUUCCACGAACCAACAAGGAAGUUCUUCCAUAAUGAAGUGAUGCGCGUCCCUCUGUACGAGGCUGUCCCCAUAGAGCUAGUAAUGUCACAAUGUUGGGUCAUGGAUUUGAAUACUUAUUGCAAGGGUCGUCCUGUGGGCGCGGCUGAGGAGCACGUAUAUAUCUGCGAACUGCGGGUAGACCGGUCAGCGCGCCUCUUCACCAAGGUCUCGCGGCCCAAGUACCCCAUCUGCACCAAAGCAUACGCUUUCGACCACUUCCCGCAGCGGCUCAAAAUAACCAGGACCUAUGCGCCUCACGAAGUGUCACCGGAAUAUUUAAAGGGCAGGGCAUCUAAGAGCGCUGCGCCUCCCGAAAAGACCAACAAAAAUUCGAACAGCAAAGACAAUAAAAAGAAGCCCUCUUCUGUUGUUGCACUACCAGAUACACCUAAGCACUGUGGCGUACCGGCACCUGCACCUCCGGCGGCUACGCCUGCAGCUCGCCGCGAGCAGCAGAAGGAGCGCGUGAACAACAUCGCCCGCCGGCUGCUGUCGCGGGGCGGCUCGCGCCUGGCUCUCGACGCCUCGUACCUGCUGGCGCCGCGCCGCCCGCGCGCGCGCGUCUCUUGACCCGCCUGCGUCUGCUGUCCGACCCGCCAGCCUCAGUAGCCGCCAC